AUGCAGAAAACAUUGGCAUUCUUGGAUUCGGAACGUGGAGCCAAGAUUCUUAGACCAUACUGUAUCCGUUAUGGCGAUUUGGAUAAGCUGUUUUAUAUUCUUGUAAAAUGGGCUUCUUCUCAUGGCGUUUUGACAGAACAUUUGGAGGAGACGCAGCUUUGCCUAUUGUUUAUAGAAUUCGGCCUUGCUCGCUGUGUGGAAUUAUUUAAAAUUGAAGAAUUAGAGGCGAAAAAAGUGGUUGCAAGUCCACUCGAAUUCUGCAAUUUGAAUUUUGUUUUUGGUGGAAUUGGUAAAUGUCUGCUGGAAUUUUUUAAGUAUGUCGGUUCUCGAGCGUUCAAACUGCUGCCUGCUAUCGACCUUUGCAGUAGCGGAUUUUGGUCAUUAUUAGUUCGAGGGCAGUGGUUGGAGUUGCACAAAGUACGUAGGACUUUCAGUUUGAUUCUUUGCUUCCGAAAUUAUCGCAUGGUUCAUUUGCCGACACCAGCGCUUUUUAUGCGUUUUUUGCAGCAAUGCAAUGCGAAAAACGCAUAUUGA